GCGCCCUUCCGGCUCCGCAGUCGCAGACGUCUUGCUAUGAGUAAGCCAGACAUAAGGAAGAAUCAGGUCCCCAAGGUCAGAUUUGUGCCAGAUGAAGAUGUUCUGCAGCACAUUUCUGAGAAUGCUGGUCCUAAGGUUCAGAAGAACAAAGUUCCACCUGUGCUUGAUGUAAAAAGAUGGGUGAAGGAAACAGAAGGCAGCUUUGAUGAGGAGACUGAGGACAUUUUUGAACAGCAGGACUACUUGUCUGUUCUAGGGACAGGCAUCAAAGGUUCUCUGAAAAAUGGUUCUGGUGCAGGUGGUAGCGAUGUCUUCUCAUUCCAAACUCCAAACCGUUCCAAAAAGAUGGCAGAGAUGGCCUCUGAGCUAGCUCACAGGUCAGGCAAGAAUGUGAAACAUGACAUACCAAAGAAAGCGGAGAAGAGAGAAAGCUCUCCUAAAAGCACCAAGAAGCCCUCUGCAUCAAGCAAAGGCGAGGUGAGUAGCAAUUUUAAAAAGAGUGAGCUUGCGUCAAAAAGAGCGUACGGAUUCCGGAAAAGAAUCAUAGCCCUGAACAAGUGCUCUGAUAGCGAAAGUGAUUAUUCCAGUUCGGACUCUGAAAAGGAUAGUGAUGACAGUUGCCAAGAAAUCGUUGAUGAAGAUGUUCAGCAGCAAACACCAGCCAUGCCCCAAACAACGACUUCAGCUAGCGAUAAACCACCAGUAAAGAAGCUGAAGAAAGACAUUUCUAGCAAUUUGGUGGAAGAGUAUUUUGAAGCGCAUAGCAGCUCCAAAGUCAUAACCUCUGACCGAACACUGCAGAAGCUGCAGAAAGGAAAACUGGAUCAGGAGACUCUGCAGAACGUCUUGAAUAAAGUGCCAGUUGUUUUUGCUGCCGAACGUGAAGAGUUAAACAAGCAACAUGAAUCCCUCUUUUACAAAUGGAUGUUACAGUUGCACUUGGGAUUCAAUAUUGUGCUUUAUGGGCUAGGUUCAAAGAAAAACCUUCUGGAGAAUUUCCGUGUAUCUUUUCUUCAGGAUUCGGUUCAUCUUGUUGUGAAUGGGUUCUUCCCCAGCAUCACUGUGAAAUCGAUUCUGAAUUCCAUCACGGAAGAGGUGCUGGAUCACAUCGGCACUUUUCGCAACCCCCAGGAUCAGUUGGAUUUGAUUGUGAAAAGAUUUAAAGAAGAUCCUUCCUUGGAGCUCUACCUGCUCAUCCAUAACCUGGACAGCCAGAUGCUGAGAGGAGACAAAAGCCAACAGAUUCUGGGCCAGCUGGCGUCCCUUCCCAACGUCUACCUCUUAGCUUCCAUCGAUCACAUCAACGCUCCACUCAUGUGGGAUCAGGCAAAACAAAGCCUAUAUAAUUGGUUAUGGUAUGAAACGACCACCUACAGCCCUUAUAUCGAAGAAACAUCCUAUGAGAACUCAAUGUUGAUAAAGCAGUCCGGGUCUUUGGCUCUGAGUUCUCUCACGCAUGUCCUUCGCAGUCUCACUCCUAACGCAAGGGGUAUUUUCAGGCUUCUGGUGCAGCAUCAGCUGGAGAAUAAAGAUAACUCCUCGUACCCAGGGCUUCCCUUCCAAGAUUUCUACCAGCAGUGUCGAGAGGCCUUCUUGGUCAACAGUGACCUAACUCUCAGGGCUCAGCUUACAGAAUUCAGGGAUCAUAAACUCAUUCGGACCAAAAGGGGUGCUGAUGGGGUAGAAUAUUUAUUAAUUCCUGUGGAUACUGGGACCUUGGAAGACUUUUUACAAAAAGAUAGUGAACUCUGAAAUCUCUUCUAUCCUGUUACGAGCUGCCCUCGAAGACUGCCGGA